UGGAUCAUGUGUUCUUCUAAAGGUCAGAUAAAGAAGCAUAGGAAUCCUCACAAAGCAGGGAGGUGGGGGUGUUGGGGAACAGGGGUUGAAAGGCGGGUAUCCACGAGCCAAGGCACACAUCCCACACUAGUACUGGCUGAGUGGACACGAGGGUGAAGCGGAAAAUCCUGAAAGCGAGACGUCAACUUUCAUGACUUCCCUGUUUUAAAAAUCGUUUAAAGAAAUUGAGAAUCCAGUGACAAGUGAGCAGUUUAUUCUUCCUCUGGUCGACAACAUGAAUGGAGAAAUGCCUGUAAAGGAGGAAGACAGGGACACCAACAACAACCAGGCAGAUGAGUUGACAGAAGCUAAAGGACUGGCUGAGACACCAGAAGGUCAGGAGGUGACAGCUGUCGUGGAGAGAACUGAGGACGAUAAAGUGGAGGAGCAGGCUGCUGAACAAGAGAUUAAUGGAGAAGAUGCAAAGAACACAGAGGAGGUCCCACAGCAGACUGAAGGAGACACUGAACACAACCACGAUAAAGCACUGACAAUUGUUGAUGGGACAGAACCCAAAAUGGAACAAGCAGAUAAAGAUGUGAGGAAGGAAGAGGGGCAGGAAGGUGAGAAAGAAAAGCUGGUGGAGGAGGUCAGCAGGAAAAGAGUGGAAGAGUGUGAGAGAAAAGCAAAGAGUGAGGAGAAAGACAAAAAAGAAGAUGGGAAAGAUGCCCAAAAAGUAGAUAGGUCAGAGAAAGGGAAGGUGAGGGAGGAGGAAAAACAAGGGAAACCCAGGAGAAAGACGGCCCCUAGCUCUCGACCAAGAACCUCUGCGCGCUCCAUUAGAUCAUCUGCCAAAAGUGACAUUAUAGCCAAGUUCCAGCAAGGUGCACCAGAGACGCCAAUACCUCGCAACUUCAAGAUUCAGAAGUCAUCUAGUGCUAUGGCAACAGGGGCCUCCAUAAAACAGAAGAUGCUUCAGUGGUGUCGCAGCAAAACACGCAACUACAAGGAUGUCAACAUAGAAAACUUCUCAUCUUCCUGGUGUGACGGGUUGGCGUUCUGCGCUCUGAUCCACCGUUUCUUUCCAGACGCAUUUGACUACAACUCCCUAAAUCCACGGGAAAGGGAGAAAAACUUCAGCUUGGCCUUUCAGACAGCAGAGUCUUUGGCUGACUGCUGCCCUCUUCUGGAAGUAGCUGACAUGAUCAUGAUGGGCAACAACCCAGAUCCCAUGUGUGUUUUCACGUACGUCCAGUCUCUCUGCCACAGCCUCUCCAAAAUAGAACAAGAGAGGAGGAGCAAGGAGAAAGAGAAAGUUGGAGAUGUGGACAAGGAGACAACCAAAGAGGAAGAUGGAGCUGAAGACACAAUGGACGAUAAAAGUGAGACUUUGGACAGUCAUGGUGAAACACAAGGAGAACAUUCACAGGCUGAGGAAGGCGGAGAAGAGAAGGGGGCUGCAAAUAGCUGUGAGGUGAAGGAAAGUGCAGAAGUUGGGGAACAGUCCUUGACCGAAACUGAAGGAAAACAAAACAACUGAAACGAAAAAAGAAAGGAAAACACUUAAGUUUGAUCUCAAAUGCUGGUAAUGUUCUGUUCUAAAAAUAUAAAGAUGUUCCUUUGUUUUAUAAUUAUUGUCACUGCUGUGCUGUGCAUUGUUACAUUACAAAUGUUCAUAACUUAGAUUAAUGUGUGCUUAUGAAAAAUAAUAAUAUGCUUAAUAAAAUUGUCUUACAAAAUUAA